ACUACAACACAUUUCAGCUCAUAUCACUUGCACCAGCCGGUCAUAAAAUCAUAGUAGAUCACCGCAGCAAUGGCCUCCACCAACAGCUGGACACUCGAGAUUGAGUCGCCGGUGGCCGCGCAGCGCCUGUUCCGUGCCGGCGUCAUGGACUGGCACACCCUGGCUCCCAAGCUUGCACCCCACAUCGUGGCCAGCGCCCACCCUGUCGAGGGAGAAGGCAGCAUCGGCAGCGUCAGGCAGUUCAACUUCACCUCAGCCAUGCCCUUUAGCUUCAUGAAGGAGAGGCUCGACUCCGUGGACGCAGACAAGUGUGAGAGCAAGUCAACCCUCAUCGAGGGUGGCGGCAUCGGCACGGCGAUUGAGACAGCCACAUCGCACAUCAAGGUGGAGACAACGGCUAGCGGGGGGAGUGUGGUGAAGGUGGAAUCGACUUACAAGCUGCUGCCGGGGGUGGAAGAGAAGGAUGAGAUAACCAAGGCCAAGGACUCCGUCACCAACAUCUUUAAAGGCGCCGAGGCCUAUCUCGUCGCAAACCCGGAUGCCUACAACUAAAUCACUUCAUUCAGUGGGAGAAAUAUUCAUACAAUAAUGCGGCGUUCCUUAUAUGUGCGAGUGUUUUUCUUUCCAUCCAAAUAAAAAGCUGCCCUCAACGGUGGCGAGAGAUCACCAGGCAGGAUGUGUGAACCUAAGAAGUGUGCCACGGAAAGUUGUGAUUUGAGAGUGUAUACCUUUUUGUUGUUUUUGCUAUGUAUUUACAUCUUCGUUUUGCAAGUGAAUAAAAGUUAUUCAAGAA